AAUAACCACCCCCAAUAAACCAAUCCAAUCCAGUCAAAUCCUCUACUCAUCCAAAAUGCCCUCCAAACCAGUCGCCUCCCCACCCCCGCAACCGAAGAAAGUCCACGGUGCUGUCCGCGACGACGACCUCCCCAUCGACGACUACGAGAACGCCUGGCACGAACAGCAAGAAGAAGAGGAAGAGGAAUACCGCGAGCAGAAUGAUAUCGCCUUCAAGGCUCCGAAUGUUGCUGCCGCGAGGAGGAUGAAUACCGGUACUGCGCCGAAUCCUGUCGAGGGGACGCGGAAGGGGACGACGGGGUCGGUUAAUAGGUCGAAGACGACGCAUUAAGUCUGUCUAUCUAUUCUUUCUCUUUCGUGAGCCAUGGGUGAUGUAUUUAUUGUAUUGGGGGUAGGUUAUGGUUUACGUUUGAAGUUGUGUGUAGUGUAUAUCAUGAAUCUAGUUUUUUGAAUUUCCCUUUUUAUCCAACCAAACCAGUCAUCAACAUCAACAUCAAUGUUAUAUACAACAAUCACAAUCUAUAAACAACCAUCAUACUUAUGCAAAAUGAAAAAGUGGU